AGGUUGAUGUCACUGGCAGCAGCAGAGUCCCCCGGACAGGACGCGAGCAGUGCGGGUAGAGAGCAGCGCAUCGAGCCCCUGGAGAUCCACGGUGAGAGGAGCAGAGGAAAGCGGGCGAUGGUGUCUUGUUUACGGACGUCGCGGGGAGGCUGCUGAUACGGUCCGUCCACGCUGAGAGUCGCAGUGUUUUUUAGAUCACUUCUUUAAACAACAACACAAAAAAAACAACAUGUCGUCUCCAAGUCCGGGCAAGAGGCGAAUGGAUACCGACGUGGUGAAACUCAUUGAGAGCAAGCACGAGGUCACCAUCCUCAGUGGACUCAACGAGUUUGUGGUCAAGUUCCAUGGACCACCUGGAACGGCAUAUGAAGAAGGUGUGUGGAAGGUUCGGGUGGACCUGCCGGAUAAAUACCCCUUCAAAUCUCCAUCUAUAGGAUUCAUGAAUAAAAUCUUCCAUCCCAACAUUGAUGAAGCGUCAGGCACGGUGUGUUUAGACGUCAUUAACCAGACUUGGACAGCUCUCUACGACCUCACCAACAUCUUCGAGUCGUUCCUCCCUCAGCUGCUCGCCUACCCCAACCCCAUCGAUCCUCUGAACGGAGAUGCGGCCGCCAUGUACCUGCACCGGCCAGAGGAUUAUAAACACAAGAUUAAAGAGUACAUCCAGAAGUACGCCACCGAGGAGGCUCUAAAGGAGCAGGAGGAGAGAGAGGGCAACUCUUCCUCCGAGAGCUCCAUGUCAGACUUUUCGGAGGACGAGGCUCAGGACAUGGAGUUGUAGUGAAGGGGAGGACGAUCCCGCCCACUUCACCUCACAACAGACUAUUAUUUCCUAAAGAGCAGAAAAACUCAGUACUAUAUUCAUAUUUAAGACAAUUUUUUACAGCAACACAAACGAUUUUUAUUGCUACACGAGGAUUUGCAGUAUGAUAUCGCUGAAUAUUAACCCUUACUUAGGAGUUCACGACCGCCUGCCCCCUCCUUCACACCGACAGAUCAGAGAGGAGCUCGUCAUUCAAUCCCAUGAUCCUCAGCGGCUUCAGUCAGGGGCUUUGACACUGCUGGGCGGAGCUCGCACUGAGCAGUGAGACCAGCGCGGGGAGCAGGACUGUCAUCCAAACACAACUAGACUGUUUACACUCGGUUUCCUCUUUAGAUCCACAACCUGCAGCUCAUCAGCUUUUCUGUUGUAACGCGCUCUCGUUUUUCUUUUGUGUAGUUUUUAUUCACAUUUCAUUCGACUCGCUCACAGACGUCUGCAAAAUCACGAUCCGUUAUAUCUAGGCAGGCUCAAGACUCAGAAGAGCGUGGAUUCGCCCCCCAUCGUCCCCUUUCAUUUUUUGCCGCUACAGCCCUGAGGAGCUACCCCUACAAUCAUCACCCCCGAGGAGCCGAGGACCGGAGGGACACAGGCGCCCUGCUGCAGGCGCCCUCUCUGCUGACACAUCACACACACCAUCAAACAACCGAUGCAUCAACCAGAAAACACCAGUGGGUGUCUGUGUGUGUGUGUGCAUGUGAUCCAGGAAGAAUCAUGGCGUUUUGAUAACCCGUGUCACACUGACCACUGAUUUCUCAGGAGAAGUGGAGGACAAGGUUCACGAUCCUGAUCCCUCUUGUUUCCAACACCCAUCCCCUCCUCCUCCUCCUGCUCCUCUCCCUCCUCCUCCUCCUUCUCUCCGUUUUAGGAAAGUGUUUGUCAUUCUCUGAGUAUCUUUGUAUAUUGUGGCAUGACACAGAAGUGAAGUUUGUGUAGGGCUUUGUGGAGCUGUAACGCUGUAGAAAUGAAGAGGAGGCCUGCGUCUUCUGUGAGCCGGGCGGGGUUUGUCGGGAAGGAUUAACCAGGUCCUUGUGGAAUUGUUGAACUUCUUAAAAUUUGCCUAUUGCUUGUGUUGAACUAUAAUAGGUGUUUGACUUGCGUAGGGAUAGUUAGUUUUUUUUGCGGGUGGUGAAUUCUAUCAUAAUGUAUGGUUUAAUACUUAAUGUAACCCACUAGUUUGAAGACUAAUGUCCUGUAAAGAUGAGGAGAAUUAAUACAUCUUUGUCUGUGGGAUGACUCUUUGUUGAAUCAAAUCCUCCAAAGACGUGUUGCACCCCUGCACCCCCUUUCUUAUGCAAAUCUGUCCAUGGAAGAAGAUUUACGUUGUGAGACAGAAGUGCUCUUUGUUUCAACCAUUCAACGCUGUCGCAUUUCCUUUUGUCGUGCUGUUUGAUGGCCUGUUGUUUUCCAAGAUGGCGGGACAAAAUUAUAAUUAAUCUACAAGCCCUAAUUUUUUUUAUAUAUAUAUAUUUCUCCCUGAAAAAAGCAAAACACACAGGAAUUACUCCUCAGGCUGGAUUUGAAAAUAAAGUGUUUAUGGUGAAAUUAAUAGUGUUUUCAAAGUGUCAAACUCCUGCAUGGCCAUCUCCGAUGAGUUCAAACUCAGAGCACAGGUUUGUUCUUCUUCAGAUUCUUCGCUUUGGUCCUGAUUUAACCCCGAAUGGGUUCAUGUGUCUGUCAGCAGUUGUGCGGAGGAGGUGCUAACAGAGAAGUGACAGUUUACUGUUGAAUUUCCUGGUGGUGCACUGGCCUGUGUGUUUUGCAGGCUCCAAGCCUGAUACGUGUUUGCAGCGUGCACUCAAUGCACCUCAGACCUGUUUGUAGACUUUGUUGUAUCUGUAAGAAAAAACAUCUGUAAGUUAGUAUCUUACUUCAUCACCAUCAAAAUGGGCUAUUUCUUUCUCUUUGGAGAAAAAUAGGAUUAUAGUCAAACUUGAAUUAAUAAUAAUAAUAAUCCCUUUAUUUUCUUUUUAAAUGAUAUCAGGAUCUCUUCCACGGUGUCUUGCAAGAGGGUUUACCUUCAUUUGAGAAUAAGAUAGGUUACUAAAACCAGCAUGUCACAGUUUUUGACAUGGAAAUAAAAUGUAUUUGUUAAAUAGUUAAACUGGCUGGAAUUAGCCUCGGUAACCAAAUAUAUGUUGGUGUAAGUCGUAGGACGACAUGAUACACAGUCAAUUGUCACAAGAACAAUCCACUGUCCAGCCUUGUUUGUCAUCAUCUGGAUUCAUCAGUGUAUUAUGUAUUUUUUAUUAAUGAGACAUAUAUCUGAUGCCUAUAAUUUCUUUGAAUGUUUUUAUUUUUGUCUUUUAAGCCCGAUGUCCAAGACACAAGUCAAGAUAUCCCAGAUUUUUUUUAAAGGCAAAAAAUUAAUAAAUGUGCUUCCCUUGUAACUUGGAGAAAGAAAUAAAACAAGAAAAAAAUACACCUGAA